UCCUGUUGAGGUUGCCGGUGAAGUCUCUUGUACGCUUCAAGGCUGUGUGCAAGUUCUGGCGGUCUCUCAUAUCCAAUCCCCACUUUGCAACAUCACAUUUUGAACGUGCUGCUCCUAGACUCUUGAUCCGUUCCAAUCAUGGCAUUCGAACCAUGGACUUGGAGGAAUCACUUCACCCUGAUCGUAUUUCUGAACUAAUAGAUUAUGACUUUCCAUAUACUGUUCCCUAUAUUGUAGGUUCGUGUAGAGGCUUUCUGCUAAUUGGCUAUGAUCGAGGUAGAAGUCUCUCUAUAUGGAAUCCAUCCACACAUGUCCACAAACCAUUACCUGUUGACGCCAAUGCUUAUGAAUAUGAUCAUAUGUAUCCAUAUGAAUAUGGAUUUGGUUACGAUUCAUCAAAAGAUGACUACCUCGUGGUUCGAGUCCCUGGUGUAAAACCAGGCUCAUCUACUAAUUUUGCAGAUGUGCAGUUUUUCUCAUUGAGAGCUAAUAUUUGGAAAUAUACUGAGAGUGUUGAUUUGCCUUCUUCCUUGGCCUCUACUAAGGGUGCUGAUUUACCUACCUUUACCACUGUUCCAGAUCAUAGUGUUGGGUUGCUCUUCAACGAGGCCAUUCACUGGGUGGCUCAGAACUUCGUGGCUGGUCGUGUGACGCAUUUUAUCAUUGCCUUUGAUUUAAUGGAAAAGAGACUUUUAGAGAUACCCCAGCCUCAGCCUGUUGAUCUAUUUCCCCAGGGUUUUGGGUUUUAUAUUUUGUGGGUGCAUGGAAGAUUUUUUAGUCUAACGGCUUUCCAGGGAGAUACAAUUGAAAUAUGGGUUAUGAAGAAAUACAAAGUACAAUCAUCUUGGACCAAGACUUUUGUUCUAUCUUCGAAGCCCCUUUUUCCAUUAUGCUCUACAAAAGGUGGUGAUCUUGUUAUAGAAUGUGGAGAAAAUCUCACAAAGUAUAGUGACGAAGGACUACAAGGAGAUCAACUAGAGAAUUUCAACCAGUUUGGUCUUGUCGAUUCAUCAGUGCCCUUGUAUACAGAGUCUAUGCUUUCGCUCCCUGAUGUUAGUGGGUGA